GGGUACACGUAUUUUCGUUUCCAUUGAACGAAAACUGUCGUAAAAGAUGACUCAAUGCAAUCCGUCGUAGUGAUUUAGUGGUUACAAAAUACACCCGAGUAUGCAAUUUGCACUUUGCUGAGGAUAGCAACAUUUGGGAAUCCACCUUCCAUGACGAAAAGACAGGACAUAUCAAGCAGAAGAAGCCGAGAUGAGAAGUUGAGGGACAAUGAACAAGAACAACUACUUAAAGCACUGCAAACUAGCAUUGAUGAUUAUUCCUCCUAUCAAAAAUCAACUUGUUUUCAAAAUUAUUCAGACCUUCUCACAGUUUUCAUUUCAUGGCAAUGUCCAUAUGGGUGGCAUAAAAUUGUUCAGGAUCAAGUUACUUUGUUUGAGUUAUAAUAUAAACCAGCACCCAUCAUAACUCACUCUGUAAUUGUUGAUAAAGAU